AUGUACGAAAAUUUAAUGAAUCAUUCUAAAAUAUUCAACGGUACAACCACGUCAAGUAUUGGUACAACUGUUGAAACAAAAUUUCAUGCAUAUUGGAAUUCGCCAACGAUUGAAUGCCGAGCACAUAUUGAUUUUCGAUUAUCUGAAAAGUACAAUAUUAUUCAAAAUACGAAUGAUGAAUUCAUUGGAAAUCGAAUUUCACUGAUAUAUAGUCCAGGGGAUUUUCCAGCACUUUUGAAAAAUGAUACAAACAAAGAGUUUUACUAUCGAAAUGGUGGUAUUCCACAAAAUGGAAAUGUUAGUGAACAUUUGGAGAUUUUUUAUGAUCAAAUAGAAAAAUUAAUUCCAAAUAAUGAAUAUAAUGGCUUGGCAAUUCUUGAUUUUGAAAGUUGGCGGCCAAUAUAUCAACAAAAUUUUGGUUCAUUACAACCGUAUCGUGACAUAUCGUUUGAGCAGGAACGUAAACAACAUCCAAAGGAAUCAAAUGACAAAAUAACGGCACUGGCAAAGUUUCAAUUUGAAACCGCAGCACGAGAAUUUUUCGAAAGCACAAUCAUUUUAGCUAAAAUAAUCCGGCCAUAUGCACAGUGGGGAUAUUACCAAUAUCCAUUAUGUUACAAUCAAGGUGGAGAUUUAAUAGGAAAUUGUUCAAAUACCGUGGCAAAAGAAAAUGAUGAAAUAAAAUGGUUUUUCGAGAGUUCAGAUACAUUUUAUCCGUCAAUAUAUUUACAAGAAAAAUUGAGCGUUGAUGAACGACAAAAAUUAAUUAAAGCCCGUAUAACUGAAACUCAAAGAGUUGCUAACACUAUUGAAUCGCCAAAGUUUAUCAUCCCAUACUUUUGGUACAAAUUUCAAGAUAAUGAUGCAUUUUUAACUGAAGAUGAUAUUCGUUUAACACUAACCCAACUUAAAGAAUCUGGUGUAAAUGGAGUUAUUUUUUGGGGCAGUUCAAAUGAUGUCAAUUCAAAAGAAAGAUGCCUGGAGCUACAUGAUUAUGUAGAACAAAUUUUAGGACCAAUUUUUAAUGAAAUUGUGGAUUCAGAAUGAUAUAAUUGAUAUAU